UUUUAUUUAUAUAAAUAUUCACCAAAACAAAUAACCCAUGGUAGAUUCGCAGCUCAACGAGUCGCAAUUCGUUCGCCGAGUUGCAAAAAUACAGGAGUCGAUAUCGAUGCCGCUUUUGACAAUUUUAGGCAAAAAAUUAGAAGUGGAAGAUUUUGGGUCAAAUAGCGCGCUCUUCAUUUAUCUACUCAACUACGAAUUUCCUGAGACGUUGCUCUUAAUAACGAAGGACAUGUGUUAUGCGGUCACGAGCACGAAGAAAAAAGAAAUUCUUGAAAGCAUGCAAUGCGCGAAACUCAGGGUGUAUGAGAGGAUGAAGGAUGGGAGCAGCGACAGCUUCAUAAGGAACGAGCUGAUCAAGAUCACGGAUAGCGUGCUUUUGAGCGAGAAGAACAGUUUGCACGGCCACUUUUGUUCCACAUACAUAGGUGCCUUUAAAACGGUUGAUUUUGAGAUGGGAAAUCUCUUCAUUCAGAAAGAGGAAGAGGAGAUCGAGUAUGUUGAGUGUGCAGCCCUGUUUGUCACGUACCUGAUGGAAGAGGCAAUCAAAAUGAUCAGAAAGGGUGAGGUGUGUGUGGAAAGCAAACUAGAAAGACACCUGGACACUCCUAACAAACCAUUUGAUCUCAAGCUGUCACAAGUUGAAUUUACGUACAGCCCGCGUAUUGUGAGGGACGAAGAUGCAGUAACAAUCAGCAUCGGUGUGCGCUACCAGUCCUACUGUGCAGAAAUACAGCGUGUUCUGUUCUAUGAUGCGGACUAUCUAGAAAUUUAUCGGAGGAGAAACGAAAAAAUACGGAACCGAAAAUUCGAGAACCUCAAGUCUCUCGGGCUUUUGCAGCGCGAAGGAUUGCGUAAGGACGAGGAUGGUACGUUUGUGAUGAAAACAGAUCACGAGAACUACACGAUCAUUGAUGUUGUGAAGUGCACUGAUGGCAAAUUUGAGGUGCUUACCGAUGAUAUAACAUGGCGUGAGAGCGAGAAGAAAAAUUUUGUUGCCGAAGACUUUCUUAUCGAGCGGGAGAAGACCAACAUAGAGAAGAAGAGACUGAGCAGACAGAAGGCGCUCGAAAAAGAGAUUGAAAUCAACGAACACCAAAAAGAACUUAUGGAUAAGCUAAAUGAUGAAAUGGUAAGGUAUUACUCCGACAUGGAAACAACUGAACCAUUGGAAACGAUGUCCAAGAAAUUGGUGGCGUAUGAGAAGGAAAGCCAGUUGCCAAGGAAGAACAAGCUUGUGAUUGACAGGAGAAAUUUUAGCAUUUUGAUACCCAUAAAUGGAUAUAUGGUGCCGUUUCAUAUCGAAUACGUUAAAAAUUGCAGUUUGAACGGAAACGACCUGCGAGUGAACUUUAGAGAGGGCGAAAUCAUUAAAAGCAUCACCUAUAGGAGCAAGACGGCUAAUUCGCUGUAUAAUGAGAUCGGCGAUGCGAAGAAAGAAUAUGUAGAGAGGCGCGAGACGAGUAAUGUAGGCGAACAGGGAACGCUGUGUGAGAUAAAGGGAAGAAGGCAUAUUUUGGGCGACGUCAAGAUUAAGACAGAGGUACGUACGCAAAAAAAGAGCAGGGCAGGCAACUUGGAGCUACACGAAAACGGAUUCAGAUUUGGCGAUACAACCAUUUUGUUCAAUAAUAUCGAGCAUUUGUUCUACCAACAAGGCGAUGUGUAUCUUUUGCAUUUUAAGCUGGCCCUCCCGAUCAUAUUUAACGGCAAGAAGGCCUACAACGUGCAGUUCUUCAAGGAAGUUGUGGAGAAUAUGAGCAUCGAUAUCAUGAAGCUGCAUCCUUCGCAGAAGGAACGCCUUGAAGAGGAACAGGAAAAGAUACGCCUCGAGAUGAUCAAGGCUGAAUACGACAACUUCAUAAAGAACGUGGAGAACAACAGCAAUUUGCGGAUAGAUCGUGUCAGUAAGGAUGUGUACUUCGAGGGAGUGCCGUACAGACAGAACGUGCAGAUACGGCCAAGCAGCACGUGCCUGGUCAAUCUUCUCGAGCCGCCAUUUCUUAUUGUAGAUUUUGAGAAGAUGGAGGUAGCAAAUUUUGAGAGAGUCAACUACGUAUCGCGAUCAUUCGAUCUCACAUUUAUCUUCAAGGACAAGACAUUCAUCACGAUCACAUCCGUUGACUCGCGGUCCAUGGAUUACCUGCGUGAGUUCAUCGACAGUCGAAAUAUCUGUUUCAUCCAGACAGCACAGAAUAUCAACUGGAACAAUCUGCUGAAAACCAUAAAGGAAGAUCCUUUUACGUUCUACAACGAUGGUGGCUGGUCUGCCCUGCAGCCCAUGAGGGAAGACAACGAUCAAGAAGAGUCAAGCGCAAGCACGUUAAGCAGUCCAAGUAGCGUGUCGGAAGCAACGAUGAGCGAUACGGAGGGGGAGGACGAGAGCCUCGAGGAAGAGGUAAUUGAGGAGGAUGACGAUGAUGACAUUGUUGACUUAAAUGACAUUGACAGCGAAGACGAAAGCGAGGAGGAUGAUGAGCAGUGGAAUAAAAAGCGAAGGAUAUGAUAAGAGUUGGUGAAGUAAAUUAUAAGUAUACUGUCCAUGUUUAUGGCCCCUGCUAUUUUUUUAUAACGUUUCUUCUCGUAGCUGCACUUGAGAGCCUUCUUAGAAUCCUUACGCAGAAAAGAGGCGGCAGUAUUUGGUUUGGCAUCGCUAACUUGCUUUAAGAUCUGAAAUGGUCGAUUGGACGGGUUAGUAUGCACCUCGUUUCUGGAGUUGGAGAUCGAACCCGCUGUGAGAAGAUAGUUCGAUCAGUACAUGCUUGGCAGAGAACUGCAAAUAGGUCGCAACGAUAAAUAAGCAAUAAUGCAAAGUUUUAUGUCUCCUCGUUGUCUUACGUGAGAGUUGCGCGUAUGUCUUUGCUGAAGCAAGUUUGGUGGAGCUGUGCAACCUCUCCGUGUAGUACAAGGCCGAAGGGGCCGUUCAAAGAUAGGGAGGUGCCAGUUCCUCGUAGCGGGUGUUAAAAGACAGGCUCUACCAGAGGUUUAAAUCCAUUGGGAGCAGUCCUAAGAUAUGUGCUGGCGCUAACCACGAACAUUGGUAUCUCUCAAGGAGUGGUGUUGUCAGCCAUUCUAUGGUUGUACAAACAGGCUGCAGGGGCCGAUAGCCAAGGGCUCAGCUUGUGCAGGUUUUCAGGAAGCACGUUUUACGGAAUAGGUGUGUGCGGGGCAAGUGGUACAUUAAGCCAUCGUCAAAACAAAAAUUAAUUGCCUUUUAGCACAAACGGUGAAAGUUUACCUCCAAUACCAGCGUGGAUGUACCGGUUGUUGCUCCUGGAAAGUAAAGACCGAUAGCCUCGAUGGGUGAGCCAAGAAAUGGCUUACAGGUUCACCGCUAUCGAUGAGAAGAAGUAGUGCUUAGAUAUUGAUGCACGGCAGGUGAUGUAUUAGGUAGGAAGGUUUAAUAAAACUCUUUCACGCUGAAGAAUCAUAAAACAACGAGAACUGAUACAAACCGUGAAUCUCCGUCUCCAAACGGAGAAAUAAUAGUUUGAUCUACUGUAACGAUCUGCUCGUUCACAAACGGACCAGCACGGCCGAGAGCAAGCGAGCACGCUUCACGAUAAAGAGAGCAAAAGAUGCCUAAGCAUUUCUUUACUUAAAAUACCCGUAAAGCGAUCCAAAUUGCUCAUAGAGGCGGAUCGUACAGUGUCAAAUCGCUGUUACUCUUAUUAAUACAUUCUUUGGAACAGUCAACCGCAUUAAAUUCGUUCACCAGCUCAGAGUGGUACAAGGAGCUUCCAGUUAAACAGUCGGUGAUGCUUUUGAAGAGCGUCUUGUAGUUGCUGUUGUUGAACGACCCGUGCACCAGGUCAAUGUUACUUUUGAACACACUGGAAUACACCCACCGUGUCGUUGCCGGCCACACCUGCGAGCUAAACUGCAACGAUGAUUCCAAGUAACCACGGUCUCUUUCAAGCACAUCCCUGCAUACCCUCGUAUGCUCCAUCCUAUUUUUGCAGAUGUUCAGCCUGAUCUUGAGCACACCAAAAUCAGGAUAUUCAUUCUCGUUCGGCAUGUAGCCCUCUUUUGACGAGUCAUAGGGAUCAAAGGCAUUUAUAUUAAACACCGAUUUGUUGAAGAGGUUCAGAGCGUAUAUUCCCUCAAUUAUGAGCACCUCUGGAGAAUUAUUGCACACCAUCGUUGGACCAGAUGAUUUUCUGCUCACGAACGAGUACUGGUACGUUGGUAUGAACUUCUCUCCGUCGUGUAUUGCGCGCAGCACACCGUGCACCUUGUCCCAAUCAACCGAUCCAGGAUUAUCAAAGUCGUACUUUGUUACGUCCGACCCAGUGAAUGAUUUGAAGUAGCCGUCCAUGUGGAGUAUGAACGUGGGAACAUGUCCCUUCAGAGAUGCGUACAGGUUGUUCGCAAAGGUGGUCUUGCCGGAUGUACUUGCACCGUGUAUCGCUAUCACCUUUAUGCGGUUGUUC